CACCUUAGCCUGAGCGUCUUCGAACCUCUAGCCUCGACGUUCGUUUGAUUCUCGCGCUCUGUGAGUUGCGCCCAGCAGGACUGGUUUACAUUCCUUUUUUUACAGUCGUUCCUCCGGCGAUAAGACAUGGUGAAGGGUCUUACAGCCGCAAUCUCAGCCGGCUUCAGAACUGUGGUGGUUAUUCUCGCCAUAGUCGGUGCCGGCCUAGGCGGAUGGGCUCUGCACAUAAUCGAUGAUGCGGGGAUCCGAGGCGGCACAAUUCUGGAAAUGUCGCGGCUAGAUGAAGAAAGCGAGAAGAAAUGGCAAGAAUUCCUGUCAUCGAUUGUCGGCAGUAACGCAAGAAUCUGGGUUACACUCACCGCUAAUGUCAUUGUUGUCUUCAUAGGAACGUUUAGUAUCCUAUCCCAGAGGGCCAAGAGACUUACAGUAUCCCAAAGCAUUCUUCUGUCGUUGGAUGUUGGUGCGAAAAUAUCCGCGACAGCCGCACUAGUUGCUUCACUUUCCCUGGUUCUCAUUGUUGCUCCUUUUUGCAAGACGAUUGAGUCGUCCCCUCCCCCAGAACUGACUGCAACCGCGUUGCUAUGCUAUGUUAGCAAAGGUUCCCUUAUUCAAGCUGGCGUUAGCUGGAUUCUCAUAACAACCACAUCUAUGAUCACUCUGGUUGGCAUCUAUCGGCGUUUGCGCGAGAAGAAGAGCUGCUCGUUCGAGCCCACUGCAUCCGCUUUGGGAAUGGGCGGUGGAUAUCAGGCUGUUGCUCCAGCACUUCCAAGGACAACGAUUCCAACCAUAUAUGAUCCCGCGAAGCCACUCCCGGAGACAUAUGCAAAAAUUUCUACUGCACCAAAGCAUACUUCUUCUGUGGCAGCGAGCGCGUCUGGCAAGAGAGACUCGGUGAUUAGCGAAUCAAGCACGGUUGUAGAGGGGGAAAUAUCUGGGCCUUUGAAUCUAGAAAAGCCGGACAUGGUCAAGCAAAUGAGACCUGCGAGGCCUUGGAGCGAUGCACCGAGGAAGGGAUAGAGAGACAGAGGGUUGCACAGUCUCAGAGAGCUGUAAAUUGCAACGGCUUUCUCUGUCUUCAUCUGUCUCGGAGACGAGAGUAAAAGUUGACUUGAUAUCUAACACAGCUGGUAAUGUCGAGUCUAGUUCGUUAUAUAUGCUGUUGAGGGCGGGUGGUGAGGUGUUACGGUCUAAAGAGACUGGG